GGGUUUUUUUAUCCUUCACGUCCCAGCUGAUAUGUCACUGUUUCAUUCAACACUUCGGAUAUGAAUACUGACAGCAGAUACGUGGAUUUGAGCAACAGCCUCGAAAGUGUUCCUGUUUUAAUCGAGAAGAGUUCCUCCGCACUGACGUUUCCUCAAUUCCAGUAUUCUCCAGAUAACAUUCAGGGACCAGGAUGCACUAUUGACCCCAGCGAGGUCACCCUCCCUGGAUGCUCCUGCCUUUCUCACUCCUGCUCCACUGAGAGCUGCUCCUGCCUGCAGACACACGGGCAGGCGUACGACAGCACUAACACACUCCUGCACAGAACACACUCCGGUUACUGCUCCCCUGUGUUCGAGUGUAACGCCCUCUGCUCCUGCGGUGAUGCAUGCUCUAACCGGGUGGUGCAGAGAGGCCUCACACUCAGGUUGGAAGUGUACAACACCCAGAAAAGGGGCUGGGGGGUGCGGACACUCGAGGAAAUCCCACAGGGGACGUUUAUAUGCGAGUACGCAGGAGAGGUGAUCAGUUUUGAAGAGGCCCGACGCAGACAGCUGGCCCAAACAGCAGAGGACAAUAACUACAUCAUUGCAGUGAGGGAGCACGCAGGUACAGUCACUGAGACGUUUGUGGACCCCGCCAAAGUGGGAAACGUGGGACGCUUUCUCAACCACUCCUGCCUGCCCAACCUGCUCAUGCAACCGGUCCGGGUGCACUCUGUGGCUCCCAGGCUGGCGCUGUUUGCCGGGCGGAGCAUCGACGCACAGGAGGAGCUGACGUUCGAUUACUCUGGAGGGUACAGUAACAGAGCGCCUGCAGAGCUGCUGUCCACACAGAGGGAUGCUGAGACACAGGCCAGCAGGACACAUGGAGUCCAGAGGAAGGAGUGCCACUGUGGGGCCAAGAGCAGUGUGCAUUUCCUUCCAUUAGACUUAUCAAUUAUCAGUGGAAAUAGUUGAAAUUAGAGGACAUUUCUUUAUUUUUCUAAUCUGUAUGUCAAGACUUUUUUUCUUAACGAUGGAGAAAGUGUUCAAGACAAGCCUGGUGCUUCUUUUCUGAUGUGUGUUUGUAUUAUCCCUGGGCAGUACGGCCAAAAUCGUCUAUCCUAAUACAUGGUAUACCAUACAGUAUCUUGAGAAAAUGAAGAUCUAAAUCAUGAUAGUUAGUUGUCGUUGAAUAAAUGAAUAGUGUAUAUGAAAUAAUCAUGUGCUAAAAGUAAUCUAUUGUGGAUUCUUGUUUGAAUUCAAUUCUAUUUUCUCAUUUAAUUUAGUUCAAAAUUCAAUGAGAAAAAAGUGAAAUUAUAGGGGAAAUAAUAUUAUUUCCAGUUAAACCCUGACUAUGUUAACAGUACAUUCAUGUUACCAAUGAUAGACGAUCAUAUUAAGAUUAAUAGUUUAAAUUAAAUUAACGUUUGGUCAGUUUUAAAGAAUUUUGAGAAAUAAAAUUGCCUUUUUAGACGA